UCUUGCUUUCGGCGCCCGUGCAGUUCUCAUUCGCCGCGCGGACAGGAUGAGUUCCUUCAGCACUCGAGCGCUGACGGUCCUCUCCUCCGUGUUCGGGGCGUGUGGCCUGCUCCUGGUGGGAGUGGCCGUCUCCACGGACUACUGGCUGCUCAUGGAGGAGGGCAUCGUGCUGCAGCAGAACCAGACCAUGGAGGUCAAGAUGGCGCUGCACUCCGGACUCUGGAGGGUCUGCUUCGUAGCUGGGCCAGAGAAAGGAAGAUGUGUGGCGUCAGAGUACUUCACUGAGCCAGAAAUCGAGAUUACGACCGAGAACACUGCGAAUAUCCUCAAGAUGGUGAGGACAGCCACGCCUUUCCCCAUGGUCUCCCUCCUCUUCGUCUUCACUGCCUUCGUCAUCAGUAACAUCGGACACAUCCGGCCCCAGCGCACCAUCUUGGCGUUUGUGUCCGGAAUCUUCUUCAUCCUCUCAGGCUUGAGCCUGGUGGUGGGUCUGGUGCUAUACAUCUCCAGCAUAAACGACGAGGUGAUGAAUCGGCCGCGGGAGCCGGAGGGCUUCUUCCACUACCACUACGGCUGGUCCUUCGCUUUUGCAGCCAGCUCCUUCCUCCUGAAAGAGGGUGCUGGGGUGAUGUCCGUUUACCUGUUCAUGAAGCGCUACACGGAGGAGGAGAUGUACCGGCCACACCCGGCUCUCUACCGCCCCCGCCUGUCCGAGUGCAGCGACUACAGCGGCCAGUACCUGCACCCGGAGUCCUGGCCGCCUCCCCAGCGCGGCCGCAGCGCCUCCGAGGUCUCCAGCGACAUCUCCAUCCAGCUCAACCAGACCACGCCGCCGGGUCCCCCCAAGGGAGGAGGGGGGGGCCAAGGGGGGCCGCCGCAGCACAGCGGGCCCUCGUCCUCCGGGCCGUCGUCGGGGGCGAGCUACCACCACGCGCCGCAGUCCUCCUCCUCCUCCUCCUCCUACCCCCACUCCAUGCACCACGCCGCGGCCGCCAUGGGCCACAACCCCCAGUCUCUGCCCAUGGCCACGCCGCCGCAGGCCGUGCCCCCGCCACGCUACCACACGCACAUGCGCAUGAGCGCCUCCCCCUGCUAGAGGAAGAAGAGAGGGGGGAAAAGAGAGAGAGAGAG